AUGGCGAGGACAGUGCAGCCGCCCCUCGGCGCCCUCCUCCCCGCGGUGCUCCUGCUAGCCUCCGUCCUGGGGACCCGAGGAGGUGGAGGAGGUGGCGGCUCGGUGCCCGACGACGAGCGGGCGACGAGGGAGAGCCACGAGGCGGAGGCUCCGUGCGAGGUGAAGACCGUCACCGUGUCCACCCUGCCCGUGCUCCGGGAGAACGAGUUCAGCUUCACCGCCGGAGCCCCGGGGAGCCUGGCGGGAGGAGGAGGAGGAGGGGGUGCCGCCGGGGCAGGUGGUGCCGCGGGCGGCGGAGGACCUGGAGGAGGACCGGGAGGAGGAGGAGGAGGGGAGUCCCGGCUCCUGCUGUUCGUUAGGACGGACCUACCUGGGCGAAUCUCCGUCAUGGAUGAUCUUGACAACACCGCUCUCCCCUACUUCACACUGGAGAUGUCGGGCACGGGCGAAGACAUUUCUCAGGUGCACUGGAAGCAGCAGUGGUUGGAGAAUGGGACGCUGUACUUCCACGUGUCCAUGACCGAGUCCGAGCUCGUAGAUCAGACGACGCACCCCACAGCCCAGGAGCCAGCACACGUGCUCCAUGAACAUAUGCAUCUGCUCCACAUCUCAGUGAUGGGAGGCCUCAUCGCGCUCCUGCUCCUGAUCCUCCUCUUCACCCUCGUGCUGUACACCCGCAACCGCUGGUGCAAGCGGCGCCGCAUCCCCCAGAAGAGCGCCAGCACCGAGGCCACUCACGAGAUCCACUACAUCCCCUCCGUCCUGCUCGGGCCGCAGGGACGCGACAGCUACCGGGGCUCCCGGAGCGCUCACCAGCACGGCAGCUCCGUCAUCGGCAUGCCCAUCCGCGAGACCCCCAUCCUGGACGACUACGACUGCGACGAGGACGAGCAGGGAGGACACUCGCUGAACUCCACGCCCAACCAGCUCCACAACAAGCUGAGCGACGGGAAGCUGCAGGAGGACUACGGAGUGAACAUUGGCAUCGGGGGACACACCGACACCAUGUGCAAGGAGGACGGGUUUAAGCAUAAUUUUGACAAACGAGCCAUCGACCCAAACACCGAGUCAGUGGAGGAUUUGAUGCAGAGGUUCCAGGACAGUUUCCGUGUUCCCAACACGCCAACAGAUAUGUCUCACUACCAGCACGUCAUGCACAGCUCGUCAACCGGCCGCCGGAGGGCCCCCAGCCACACCAGGGCAACCGGAGGCGUGUUUGGUCCUCAAGGGGAAUCGGGGUCUGAACCUGAAGAUGACAGCCAGAUGAAGUUUUACACAGAGCAGCACAGAGGACGGAGACGCGGCAAAGGCAUCCCACACAGUCCUCUAAAUAAGGUCACCCUGACGUUGAUCACCAUCAGCACAUGUGUCAUCGCCAUUGUCUAUGCUACGCAGGAUUCCUGCCCCCUCACUGUCAAGGUUACCCUCCAUGUGCCUGAGCAUUUUGUCGCGGACGGAAGUAGUUUUGUGGUCAGUAUGGGAAGCUUCCUGGACGUUUCUAAUUGGCUGAACCCCGCCAAGCUGACGCUGUACUAUCAGACCAAUUCGUCCACACAGUGGGUGCAGGACUACUGUGGCCAGAGGACGACUGAGCCCUGCGAGCAGAUUUGUGACAAGGAAACAGGAGAAUGCAGCUGUCAUGAGGGUUACUCCCCCGAUCCCGUCCAUAAACACCUGUGUAUCCGCAGCGACUGGGGGCGUAACGAGGGUCCUUGGCCGUAUGCUAACUUGGAGACAGGCUAUGACCUAGUUACCGGGGAGCAGGCCCCGGAGAGGAUCUUCAGAUCGCUCUACAGUCUGGGCCAGGGCCUGUGGCUGCCAGUCAGCAAGAGCUUCGUGGUGCCACCGGUGGAGCUGUCCAUCAACCCCAUCGCCAGCUGCAAGACAGACGUGUUGGUUACCGAGGAUCCGGGGGAGGUCAGGGAAGAGGCUAUGAUGUCCACUUACUUUGAGACAGUUGACGACCUACUGGCGUCUUUCGGGCCGGUGCGGGACUGCUCCAGGGAGAACGGUGGCUGCAAGAAGAACUUCAAGUGCAUCUCUGACCGACAGCUGGACUCAUCCGGGUGCAUGUGUCCUGAGGGGCUGAGGCCAAUGAAAGAUGGCUCGGGUUGCUAUGACUACUCCAUGGGCAUCGACUGCACCGAUGGCUUCAAUGGAGGCUGCGAACAGCUGUGUCUCCAGCAACUUGUGGCCCUCGAAGACGACCCCAGUUCCAGCAACGUGCUCAUGUUUUGCGGGUGUGUGCAGGAGUACAAACUGUCGGGGGAUGGUCGCUCCUGCCUCCUGCAGUCCGACAACUGUGAGGGGCCGAGAUGCCCAAGGCAGGAUGUCCACUUCAAUGACACCCUGUUCGGUGAGAUGCUGCAUGGAUACAACAACAAAACCCAGCAGGUCAACCUGGGACAGAUAUUCCAGAUGACCUUCAGGGACAACAAUUUCAUUAAGGACUUUCCCCAGCUGGCCGAUGGCCUCAUGGUCAUCCCCUUGCCUGUAGAGGAACAAUGUCGAGGGGUCUUGUCAGAGCCCCUCCCCAACCUGCAGCUCCUCUCAGGAGAUGCCCAAUUCAGUGAGGCGGUGGGCUACCCUAUGGUUCAACAGUGGAGAGUCCGCAGCAACCUGUACAAAGUCAAACUCAGCUCCAUCACCUUGUCCACAGGUUUUUCCAAAGUACUGAAGACUUUGUCGGCGGACAGCACUCGUGAGGAGCUGCUGGCGUUUCUCCAGGAGUACGGCAGCCACUACGUGUCCGAGGCUCUGUUCGGCUCCGAGCUCAGCUGCAGCAUCUACUUCCCCAGCAAGAAGGCCCAGCAGCAGCUCUGGCUGCAGUACCAGAAAGAGGCAACAGACCAAGGCGUUGGAGGAGGUGGGCGUCGAGAGCUGAAGUCUGUACCAUUCAUCAGCUACCUGUCUGCGCUGCAAAAGAGCCAGCUGUUGUCUGACGACAUGGUGAGUGGCGUGGAGAUCCGCUGUGAGGAGAAGGGAAGCUGUCCCAGUGGCUGCCACAUGUGCCAUCACCAGGCCGUGAUGGGAGGAGUGUCGGGGAGGGGCCGCGGUGGGAACAACAGGAGUGGGGAGCAGCCCUCCCCCGUCCCUGUGCUGCUGGAAGUCAGCCGAGUGGUGCCCCUCUACAGUCUGGUCCAAGACAACGUCACCAGAGAGGCCUUCAAAGGCGCCACAAUGAGCUCAUACUGGUGUGCUGGAAAGGGCGAUGUCAUUGAUAACUGGUGUCGCUGUGACCUGAGUGCCUUCAGCAAAGAUGGCCUGCCUAACUGCAGUCCCCUCCGGCAGCCGAUUUUUCGCUUAGCCCCUUACCUGGAGCCCUCGAGCACCAUGGUGGCCCUGGAGUGGAUGGAUGUGGAGCCUCUGAUUGGCUGCAAGGUGUCUGACUACAUCAUCCAGCACAAACGAGUGGAGGACCCCUCGGAGGCAGAAGUCUACACAGGUGAAGUCCUGAGCUUGAUGGACGACCUGUUCUCCGGUCUGGGUUCGGCCUGUGUCGUUGCUGGGAAGAGAAGUGGAGACCAUCCUCACUCUGUGCUAUAUUCAGUGGUCUUCAAGUGCCUGGAGCCCGACAGUCUCUACAAGUUUACUAUCUAUGCAGUGGACAGCCGAGGCAGUCACUCUGAAUCAAGCUUUGUCUCAGUGAGGACAUCUUGUCCGAUGGUGGAUGACAGCCGAGCUGAAGAGAUAGCCGACAAGGUGUACAACUUGUACAACGGCUACACCAGUGGCAAGGAGCAGCAGAUGGCCUACAACACACUGAUGGAGGUCUCCGCUCCGCUGCUCUACCGAGUCCAGCACCACUACAAUUCCCACUACGAGAAGUUCGGAGACUUUGUGUGGCGGAGCGAGGAUGAGCUGGGCCCCAGAAAAGCCAACCUGAUACUUCGCAGGGUGGACAAGAUCAGCCACUACUGCCGCUCCCUCCUGCGCAGCACCCACAUCCAGAGCCGCACCGACACCAUGGCCUACGUCUACUGCCGGAGCGAAGAGGGCCGACCCGCCAGCACCGUCUGGCAGGGCUCCUUACAUGAAAGUCGCACCAACUGCAUGGAAAAGCUCAUCUCCGUACAGCGAAACACAUACAGCAGCACCAAACUCCGAUGA